CAAACACAAUAUACUCAAGACAUUAAGUCAUGGAAGUCCUCAAAUCGCUUCUGCUCUUGUGGUGUUUCCAAGAAUUAAUACAAUGCUAUGGAGACAACCGGUACUGUGCUGACCAGGUAGAGGCAUUAAGGGUGAAAGCAGGCGACACUGUGACAAUCCCAUGUAGGAUCAGCUACCCAAAGGACUGGGAUGAACACACAACUGUAUCAGUGUCUUGGAGAGAGACAAACUCUACCCCUUGUGGAAAUGCCAGAUUCAUCUACAAUCACACAGACAAAUGGACAGAUGACAAAUACAAAGGGAGACUUUCCAUAGUGGGAAACUGGAAUCAACACAAAGAGGCAUCUCUCAUAAUCCAGGAGUUAAAGACCACAGAUGGUCCCAGGUUCUGCUGCCGUGUGGAGAUAAAAAACAAAGAAAGAGAACAAAGAUGGCAAAACAGUCAUACAACUCUCCUGCGAUUUCAAGGUGAUUAUUAG